AUGUUCUCAGCAACAAGGCUCCAAGUAGCUACCUACCUACUCGGUGUCUGUCCAUUCAGCAUUGCUUUCUUGGUGUUCCUCAACUCUUCAGUCUCCUUCGUCAUCACAGACCUCAUUGGACGCGAGGAUGGAGUCGGCGACGCAGUCGGCAGUCUUGGAUUCGCAGACGAGCUGCUUGCGUUGGUAGCUUGUCCUCUCUGGGGCCUGCUCUCCGACAGAAUCGGAGUUCGUUGGGUGUGCGUUCUUGGAUAUGCCAUCAUCGCACUAGCCUUGGUUCUGUUCGUGCAGGCACACAAUGUCUACCCUCAGCUGCUAUUGGGGAGAUUGUUCUUCAGCAUCGGUGGCGCGGCAGCCUCGACUAUGGUGACAGCGGUCUUGCCUGCUGUAGCGUCACAGCAGAAGCUGUCGCUCGAUUGUGCACCUAACAUUGAUCGGAACCACACCUCAUCACCUUCCAUAACAUCCGAAUUGACGAUCACGCCUGCUCGCUACCGCCACAACGGCACCUCAGCCAAGCCCACAGCUUCAAGGAGCUCGGCGUAUGGAUCGACGUCUCGUGUCGCCGGCUUCGUUGGGAUGUUCACAGGCGCUGGCGCUCUGAUAGCACUUCUUGUCUUCCUACCGUUGCCGGCUCGCUUCCAACAUUCUGGGCUUUCUCCAGCUCGUGCCUUGCAACACUCGUUCUACAUAGUCGCAGUGAUUGCUCUUAUACUCGCUAUCUGGUGCUUCAUUGGUCUCCGGAAUCUUGCAUCCGAGGCCUCGCCCGGCUCGAAGACCAGCAAGCAAACUCGACCAUCACUCUCACAACAGCUCAUGACGCUAACACGCAACCUCCGCACAUCCGUCCAAAUCGGUCUCAAACGCCCCUCCAUCGCCCUGGGCUACCUCGGCGGCUUCGUAGCCCGAGCUUCAUCCGUCGGCAUCUCACUCUUCAUCCCACUACUGGUGAAUGCGCUCUUCCUCGAUUCCGACCUCUGCAAUCCGUCCUCAUCCCCCUCCCUUCUCGAAUCCGACCCCAACGGUCUCCCAGACAUCAAACGAAGAUGUCCCCGCGCCUACGUCGUGGCUGCUGCAAUGACAGGCGUUGCCGAGACCGUCGCUCUGAUCGCAGCACCAAUAUUUGGCUACGCCAGCGCGAGGACUAAGAGGAGGGGUCUGCCGAUGAUGGUGGCGGCCGCGGCUGGGAUUGUGGGAUACCCGCUGUUCGUGGCGGAGUUUGAUGCGGAUGAUGCACAAAAAGGAAAGAGGAGUCUGGCUUUCCUUGCGGUGUGUCUGAUUGGGAUGAGCCAGAUCGGGGCGAUCGUAUGCAGUCUGGGCGUGCUGAGUGCGGGCGUACUCGAGAGUCAGGCAGAUGGGACGACCACGGCCGUUGCAGAAAGCAAUGGCCAUACCAGCAACGGCGCAGUAGCAGCCCAACAUCGACACAACGAGGAUGACGAAGAGUCAGCGCCACUGCUUAACAACGAGCACAAUCACAUCACUGCUGCAGACUCUCCAACAACAGCAGGACAAGAAGACGUAAGCCUCACGAACAUCAAAGGUGCAAUAGCAGGCAUAUACUCCUUCUACGGCGGCUUCGCGAUACUGCUCCUGACCAAGCUAGGCGGCUCGCUGUUCGACACUGUUAGUCGAGGCGCGCCGUUCUACAUCAUGGCGGUAUUCAACGGUGUCCUGUUCGUAGCUUGUGCUGUGUUGGGGUUGAGAGUUACGGACGAUGAGGAGCGCUCUAGAUCUAAUGGUAGCGGCGGCGGAGGAGAGGCGGGAAUAGUGGACGGGACGUAG